AUGUCGCGCCCAACACAUAGAGAUAUAGCCUGCGCUCGCUGUUUCCGACUCAAGCGGAAAUGCGACCAUGCAAAGCCAUCCUGCAGUGAAUGCCGCCGCAAGGGCGCCGAAUGCCUACCCGCGAGGUCUCGAAAAGCGGGUGACAGCAUCACAAUCCCGCUCAGCUACCUGAAGCAACUAGAAACGCAAGUUGCAGAACUAGAGGCUCGCAAGAAUAUUGCGCAGACAGAUAAUUGCGAUGCGGGAGUCCAAACGGACUUCAAUUUGGACUUUGAGUCUCGGCAGUUGGCCAGUCCGGACAUUGUCGCGCACAACUCUCCUUACGAGUGGCAACUCUCUAACCCUAAAGCAUGGCAAUUGCCUAUAUCUUGGUCACCAGAUGCAUUCUCUUUACUUCCAGAGUCUCCGUUUGAUCUACCAUGGCUUGACAUGACACCAUUAUACACACUCGGCAGUGACGAUACGCCAUGGCUGAAUGAACUAUACGCAAAUAUGUACUUCUCAGUGACCCACCGCGAGUGGCCGUUCCUAGAUGAAGCUAUUUGGAAAUCCUGGCAUAGCCAAGGAAUCCCAGCCGGGCAAGAUGAAUGGAGAGUCUUCUUCUUGCAGAUGGUAUAUGCGAUCGGAGCAUCGCUCUCCAGUACCCUGCAACGUGACCCUUCGCAUUCUGCGCGUUCAAAGGACUUUUAUACCAUGGCAAUGAGAUUCUAUCCACACGUGGUAGGGCAUCCGUCCAUGUUGCUGCAGAUACAAGCAUCGCUGCUGAUGAUCUUGUAUGCGUUGCAUUCUCCUUCUUCUGAGGAAAUUACGACCAGUGUUGGCUCUGUUUUGCCUUUCUGUGUGGCUACAAUGGCGGAGAUUCGAAAACAUGCAUCUAUAUCCCGGGAGAAUGGAUCGGUGACUGGGAUUGAUGAUGUUCUCUUGGAGAAAAUGUUCAUCACUUGUUACAUGCUGAAUGAGGUUAUUGUAUCUGGCUGGGAUAGGCCAGUGUCGGCUGCAUAUCGGGUUGUGGACGAUGAUAUGCGUACUCUUGGAGAUAACCUGCAGCCGGCUCUAGAUAUUGACCCGGCUCUAAGCCACCUCUUUAGAUUGCGCAAGAUUCAGGCAAAUAUGAGGAGAUCUCGAGAAAUUCAGUCCUGCGAGGAUCUCGUGGAUAUCAAGAGUCGUCGAUCGUUGUUCAAACCAGCUCUGGACAGCUGGAGGCAGGACAUUCCACAGAAUGCAUUGACCAAUGUCCAAUGCGGUUACCUUCACCCGGUGUGGAUGCAGAAGCUAUACGACUACAGUCUUUUGAUCUUAGCAGAAGAGACAAAGGCUUUCGAGGAAAUGGAUGAAAUUAAAGAUACGCUUUUGGCGAUUGUGGAUGUCUGCCACAACUUCCGGAUGCUACAGGAGGAAGGCCAAGUUAUGUGCUAUACCUGGUCCGCACUUGUAUUCCAAUUCCGCGCAGGAAUCAUGCUCCUCUAUAUUGUCUGGAUGACAAAAAGCACGGCUGAUAGUAGAGAUCAACAAGCUCAGCAGACUGCACAAGAAGCCAUCUCUACUUGUGAAACCAACCUGAAUGCAUUUUUCCAUCGCUGGCCGGAUGCGAUGCCUUAUAUGCGUGUGUUUGAGUUCUUACAACAAAUGGUUGGGCGGGCUGAGGGUGGAAUUGAGCUGGAAUCCACUACCUCGGUUCUGCUUGCAGAGGCCGAGUUGCAUCUGGAGCAAUUGAAGAAGAAAUACCUCCAUCGAGCUGUGCUUGCAAUGAUAGAGGAGAUUAUGUACAGGGGACGUGUACAAGAAGAGCUUCUGGGAAGUGACUUUAUGGGACUAGUAGAAGGCGAGCGGGCUUAG